GGUUAAAGCAUAACUGAAAGUCUGGAAUCAAGCCGAUAUUUCAGCUUAGCUCUCGAUUGUACAGUAUAUCCUCGGAGAAGUGGUGCUGCGUGUUGUCUUUUGCGGAAUCUGCCUUGAAUCUACCAAUAAGUCUUGAGAAGCCUGAAACUGAAAUGGAUUCCAAAAGAUCCAAGAGAGAAGAAAAAUCCAUAGUGGAAACAACUGGCUGUAGUUGCCGGUACAGUUACUCAUCUACUAGUGAGUAGUGACUUCAUCGGAAGCGGAGCAUUUGGUGUGGUUUACGAAGCCACAAUUACGGAACGCGGAGACUACGUAUAUCGGAGACGAUAUUGUGGCUGUCAAAGUUAUUCAUCUCGAUGCCAAGCCCAAAAUUGCUGCACAUUCAGCAAAAUGGGCCAAAACGUUGACCAGAUUGCGGCAGCUUCCGAAUUUAAAACACAAAAACCUUGUGCCGUGCCACCAAAUCUGCAUCACAAAAUCGCCUGGCGGAAGGACAGUGCAAAUUAUGAUGGAGCGAUGCAGCAGUGACCUAAAAUCUUUCUUGGACGAAGCGAAGAGAACUCCUCGCCUCUUCUGGGGACACGGAAGCGUGGAGCGUUGCUGCAAAGACAUAAUAAAAGGACUAGCCUUCCUACACAGCGAGAACUUGAUACACGGUGAUUUAAAACCCGGAAACAUCCUGGUGAAAUGCCUCGCUGAUGGUAGCAAGAGGAUGUUGAUCGCCGACCUGGACGAUUUAGUCCGCAUGCAGGAAAGCGUCACUCGCUCCGGCGACAUAACCAAACUCCGAGGAACGACCCGCUACAUGUCACCGGAAAUGCUGAGACGAUUCUUUCGUUCCACCGCUGAAAUUCCUGGACGGAAAACCGAUAUCUGGAGUCUUGGUUGUAUCAUACUGGAGAUUUCGAAAUGCUGGUUAGGUAUAACGGGUAAGGAACUGCUACUGGAAAAAGAUGGAGAUUUAGUCAGUCUGGAAAGCAGCCCUUCUGACAAUCGAUUUGCCACAUUAAUCAUGGAUGGUUACGUGCCUUUUGUCAGUGAUAAAAUACCGUGGGAUUUAGCGGCCUGCGUCCGAUGGUGCUUAAAGCAAAACCCGGAAAGCAGAAUAUCGGCUGAGGGUCUCCUGCAUCUGCCAGAGAUUGACUUCCCAGCUCGUGACGUCCCUGUAACUGGCACCAGCACUAGGUAUAAAAUUAUUGCCUUAGUCGUUAUUAUCUGGCUUAUCUUGUAUCCGCAGCUGCGCGUUGCUGUGUGCCCGCCAUUUUUAUCGUGGCCGCCCCUUCGCUCCCCUGCAUCCAAGCCAUAACAGAUGCAACUGCAGCCGCAAUUGUCAAUAAAAUACUGUACAUACUUCGACCGUUUUAUUAUUUUGCGUAAUUCAGUAUACGUGUAAUGAACAACUACUGCAAUUUCACUGGCAAAA